GAGGAAGAGAACAUUGGUGACGCAGGGGUAUCAUCUUUAUUUAUGACCUCUUUGAAGUGUGGUGAUGAUUGCUGUAGCGUUGUUGCUUGUUAGGUACUGCGGCGUAAGAUUGUGAUUUGUCUUCUACCGUAUAAGUCGACAGGUUGUAUUGUGAAUAGCAGGAUCUGCGGAUCCGGUGUCCUGUACAUUGCUUGAUUAUUGUUAAGUUACAGGUAAAAAUAAACAGUAAAUGAGUACAUCAGAAGUAAGCAGCAAUGAGGGUGCGCCCCAGAAACUUACAUCUAAGGCACUUAAGGCAUCUGCAAUUGCAACAAUGGACAUAAAAUCCUUUCUUCAUCAUUUGUGCAACAAGCGAAAAACUGAACCUCAGUUUGAGGUUAGGUUAACAGGACCUAGGCACCGGCAAAGGUUUCUUUGUGAAGUUCGUGUUGAGGGAUUUGAUUAUGUUGGUGCUGGAAACUCAACAAACAAGAAAGAUGCACAAGUUAACGCUGCAAGAGACUUUGUACAGUACUUAGUACGUCAAGGAAUUGUAAAUGCAAAGGAUGUACCUGCAGAUGUUGGCCUUCCUGCAGCAGCAGCAGCAGCUGCAGAGGUGAAGGAGGAGGCUGAUGGACAUAAGCAGCCUGCCGGUCCAGUUCACCAAGUUUUCCAGCCAGGAAUGGGUCCAAGUGAGUUUGGAGAGGCUUACAGGCCUUACAACAGGGAAGGUCCUUUCACUGUAAUUGACAGGAUAGCUGAGCAGAAAAAAGUUGAAGAGGCUGAGGAAUUGGAUGUCAAUGCAAGCAUACAUGGGAACUGGACUCUGGAAAAUGCAAAAUCAAAACUUCAUCAGUUUUUGCAGAUGAAUCGACUUCAGGCAGACUAUAAAUAUACUCCUGUAGGACCAGAUCAUACAAGGAGUUUCGUUGCUGAGAUGAGCUUUUACGUGAAGCAGCUUGGCCGAACUGUUACAGGAAGAGAGACAGGAUCAAACAAACAGUCGGCUUCCAAAAGCUGUGCCUUGUCCAUUGUGCGGCAGCUAUUCCAUUUGGGUGUGAUCGAAGCAUUCAGUGGGACACUUAAAAGAAAUAAAGAAACAGAACAAUUACCACCAUAUGAAGUUAAUAUCAGUCCUGAGCUGGAAUCUCAGAUAUUUGAUGUUCUUGAUGGAUUAAAUAUAAAACCAGUUAAUUUACCUGCAAGUUCAGAAAAUCCUGUGUCCUUGGUUACUGAUCAUGUUCUUGAAGAAUUCAUUACUGCAAAACCUCAGUCUGCUGGUGUAGUGCCUUGGUCUCCACCGCAACCAAAUUGGAAUGCCUGGACCAGCUGUAAUAUUGAUGAAGGACCCUUAGCAACUGCUAACAUGGAUGGAGUGAGUGAAGACCUACAGAAAAGUUUUCGGGAAAGAAUGCAAAAUGAUACUGCUCUACAGAAUAUGGUAAAAGAACGUAACACAUUGCCUGUUGCGUCAUGUAAAUCUCAGAUAAUGGAGGCCAUUAAUGAACAUCCUGUGGUCAUUAUUAGGGGCAACACAGGUUGUGGAAAGACCACACAGGUUUGUCAGUAUAUUCUGGAUGACUAUAUUCAGGCAGGUCAGGGAGCAUAUUGUAAUAUAGUUAUAACCCAGCCUCGUCGAAUUUCUGCUGUUUCUGUAGCAGAUCGUGUUUCUAAUGAACGAGGAGAACCGUUGGGAAAUAGUGUGGGCUAUAGUGUGAGAUUUGAAUCCUGUCUGCCUCGUCCAUAUGGAGCAAUUAUGUUCUGUACAGUUGGAGUUCUGCUAAGGAAGCUGGAAAAUGGCCUGCGAGGUGUAUCUCAUGUAAUUGUUGAUGAAAUUCAUGAAAGAGAUGUCAACUCAGACUUCAUAAUGGUUGUGUUAAGGGACAUGAUCCAUACAUACCCUGAUCUCAGACUUAUUCUCAUGUCAGCAACGAUUGAUACAACACUUUUUAGCGAGUAUUUCAACAACUGUCCAGUAAUUGAAAUUCCUGGGCGAGCUUACCCAGUACAAGAGUAUUUCCUUGAGGAUAGCAUACAAAUGUUAAAUUUUGUUCCACCACUGGACAAUCGCAAGAAACGUAAAGACAAAGAUGAUUCUGAAUUAACUGGCGAGGAUCAGGAUGAAAACUUAAAUAAAGUGAUAUCAAAUGAAUACUCACCACAGACACGGAAUGCUAUGGCACAGCUUAGUGAGAAGGAAAUAAGUUUUGAACUUAUAGAGGGACUGCUGAAAUACAUUAAAGGACUGGAUAUUCCUGGAGCUGUAUUAAUUUUUCUUCCUGGAUGGAAUUUAAUAUUUGCUCUGAUGCGGCAUUUGCAGCAGCAUCCUGUGUUCGGAGGCUCUGCAUAUUCAAUAAUACCAUUGCACUCACAGCUGCCAAGAGAAGACCAGCGCCGUGUAUUUGAGCCUGUUCCAGAUGGUGUUACAAAGAUAAUUCUUUCAACGAAUAUAGCAGAGACGUCAAUCACCAUUAAUGAUGUCGUAUUUGUGAUUGACAGUGGCAAAGCAAAAAUGAAGUUAUUUACGUCACAUAAUAAUAUGACUAACUAUGCAACUGUUUGGGCAUCGAAAACUAAUUUAGAGCAACGAAAGGGAAGAGCUGGUCGUGUUCGACCUGGCUUCUGCUUCCAUUUAUUGAGCAAGGCUCGCUUUGAAAAAUUGGAUGAGCAUAUGACGCCAGAAAUGUUCCGUACUCCUUUACACGAGUUGGCACUGUCAAUAAAACUACUACGUUUGGGAGCAAUAGCACAGUUUCUUAGCAAGGCAAUUCAGCCUCCACCUAUUGAUGCUGUAAUUGAAGCUGAAGUCUUGCUUAGAGAAAUGAAGUGCUUAGAUAAAAAUGAUGAACUUACUCCAUUGGGCCGAAUACUGGCUAAGUUGCCUAUUGAGCCAAGACUUGGUAAGAUGAUGAUACUGGGGAAUAUGUUUUUCUGUGGUGAUGCACUAGCAACCAUGGCCGCCAACAGCUCGACCUUUCCAGAAGUGUUUGUUACUGGCAUGGACAAUCGCCGUUUGACAUACCAACAAAAAGCAUUUGCUGGUGGUAGGCAUUCAGAUCAUAUUGCUAUGCUCAAUGCAUUCCAAGCAUGGGAAGAUGUACGCAUGAAUGGUGAACAAGCUGAAAUCGCUUUUUGUGAGCACAAGUUGUUGUCGAUGCCCACAUUACGUGUAACAUGGGAGGCAAAGAAUCAGCUUAAGGAUUUACUGCAGUCAAUUGGGUUUCCAGAGGAAUCAAUGGCUCCUCAGCCUCUGAACUUCAGUGGACCUGACCCAAAACUUGAUAUGGUAACAGCCCUGAUGUGUAUGGGGUUGUACCCAAAUGUGUGCUAUCAUAAGGAUAAGAGGAAGGUACUGACAACUGAAUCCAAAGCUGCUCUUAUCCAUAAGACGUCUGUAAACUGCAGCAACUUUGAACAGAAAUUUCCUUUCCCUUUCUUUGUAUUUGGAGAAAAGAUUCGAACAAGGGCUGUUUCAUGUAAACAGACGACCAUGGUGACACCUAUUCAUUUGCUGUUAUUUGGCUCCAGAAAGGUUGAAUUCGUCGAGAACAUCAUACGCUUAGACAACUGGAUUAAUUUGAAGAUAAAACCAGAGAUAGCUGCUGCAAUUGUUGCACUGCGGCCGGCAUUGGAAGCCCUAGUGGUAAGAGCUGCUAAAGAUCCAGAAACAAUCACAGAAUUGUCACCACUUGAUGAGAAGGUGAUGAAUGUACUUAAGCAGCUGUGUAGGAUGAAUGCUGGUCGUCACAACAUGGAUCAAGUGUCAACUGGCGGGAUGCCUUCCAGAAGACCACCUCGUGGUCACACAUUUGGUUUUGAUGGGCCACCACCAAAAAUGAUGCGUGGUAAUUUCAACAAUGGUGGCAUGUCUAGAGGUGGUCCGUAUGGAGGUGGUUACAGAGGCGGCGGUGGUGGUGGUGGUUUCAGAGGUCGUGGCUAUGGGUUCCAAGGCCCAGACAGAGGGGGCUUCAGAGGUGGACGAGGAGGAUAUUUUGGAAAUCGUUGAUCAGGCAUCUGAUGUAAACCAGCCAAUCCAUGUUUUGAAAAUCAGAUGUCAAGAAUAUUCUAAAAUAAACAUUCCCAUGGAUUCUUCCUCCCUCAUGCUAAUGCUGUUAAAGCUGCAUUGCCCUUCGGUGAGGGGAAUUGUCUGUAUACAAUAAUAGUGUAAAUGUUCAUCAUGACAUUUCAAGAAUUAACUGUGCUGUAUCUGAACUUUAAGUUAAACUAAAUUGCUCCAUUGUGAUGUAGGUUACUUAAAAAUAAUUUUGAACUGAAAGUUCCCAUGAAAAUUAUAUUUUAUUUAUUGACAUUAAUAUCAUGUAAUAUGACAUUUAAUUGUAAUAAAAAAAAUUACCUAAUUUCA